AUGGAGCAUUUGCAUGGUGUUGAUGUUAGUUGGAUGACCCAUGGGUCUCCAAGAGACAAGGCCGGCCGCACCCCGCAACGACGAAAUACGAUCCAUUCGACGAAUUACACAUCGCCCGACACCAAGUCCACAUCCUCAAAGUCCAGCCAUGACGGCCAGGCACCAGAAACUCCGACAACAUCGUCAAGUCCACGGCCAGUCCCGGGGGCCCGUCCAGGUUCCGCCGGAUCCGAUAAGCUGACAAAUGGGUCCGGCACCCCACCCCAGCCGUCGCCACAACGCCGGGGCUCGUGGUUCUCCAACAUAUCUUCCAAGUUUUCGAGCAGUAGCAACAGCAACGGUGGUGCGAACGGGAACAACCAAAACUCGCCACAGCCUGGCACCACACCGCCGAAGCAGACCGAGAUGACCGUGCCCAGGGCAAAUCCCGUCAAGAACGCGGUGCUACAGCAUGCGACUCGAUACGAGGGCGACGGACCCUACACGCCGGCACCACCCAAGGCAAGCCAGGCAGGGCUGCUACAGGUCUUGCGCCGGUUGUCGUCCUCCAGCAACGGUGGCAGCUCGUUGAGUGGCUCCACGUUCAACAAGAAGAACCACGGACUGGUGGCACGGCAGGUGCUGAAUGUUGAUCGGAACCGGGAAAGAUGCGCCCUGGCGGAGCUCAACCAGGCGAAGCUGCGCAGAGUUGCCUUCUGCGUCGACGUUGAGAUAGCGCCGAUGCCCAAAUAUACCGAAGGCGACGGCUCAGCAAAGAAAGCCCCAGUGGCACCCCAGCCCUCGAAGAAGAAGCCGCUUACGGAAAAGGGAGAGGGCGAGGCGCUAAAGGUAUCGCGGUCAAACGAGGAGGCCAAGCCAAAAGAUGCCAAUGAUGUCGAUCGCAUUGCGAAGGCCUCUGAAGCCAAGGAUGUGAAGAAGGCUGUCGCUACCAGUCCAUCUAAGGAGCCUGCCGCAGCACCUCCGAAGGGUGGCUCUGAUACCAAGAAAAAGGAGAAGAAGAAACGCAGUGAAGAGGAGAGAAAGGCAAGAAAGGAGAAGAAGCGCAAGCUCGCAGAACUCAACGGCCAAAUACCUAUGGAAAUUUCAAUCGACAGCGACUACGAUUCGUCCGGCUCAGCAACAGGCGAUAAUAAUGCACCACCGCGGACACAGUCGGUGCCGACAACAAACCCUGUGCGCAUAUACCGCCGCUGCUGUCAACUACGAGAGACUCCUAUCCUGAAGAAGAUCACGGAGCAGCUGUCUAAUCCUAACAAUGUCACGGCCGGCGGCGUUGUUGAGAAAUUAGACCUCGCCGGAUACUGGCUUCACUUGUCUGACCUCGUCACGCUAGGGGACUAUCUGGCCGUAGUGCCCAUAAAGGAGGUCAUAUUAGAAAACUGUGGGCUGAACGACGAGGGAUUGCGGGUGAUUCUGUCCGGAUUGCUUGCAUCGAGGCGGUAUCGCAGAAGAGGUCGUAAAACAACAAGACCAGACACACCUAACGGCGAAUCCGAAGCAGCAGACGCUCAAGGUGGCGUCGUGGAGCGGCUAGUACUUCGGAACAAUAAGAUUGGACCGGAGGGCUGGAAGCAUCUGUGCUUAUUCAUAUACAUGUGUCGUUCCAUUACGCAGUUGGACAUAUCAAACCUCCCUUUGCCGCGGCCAGCAUCAUCGGCCGGCACUCAAGCCAGUCAUCACCACAUCACAAUACCGGGCAUGGCGCGGCCCGCUUCACCUCCGCCGUCGAUCUGUCAACUCCUAUCAAGGAGCUUGACUGAAAGAUUGGCGGGCUCAACCCUUGAGCUACUCAACAUAGGCGAGACAGCGCCAGACAUGCAAGAGUUUGGCACACUCAUGGAUGGCAUCAUUGCUUGCAAAAUCAAGCGCUUGGGUUUGGCGCACAAUGACCUCAAUGCGGAUGGCGUCUCGCAAAUUAAAAGAUUUAUAUCCAGUGAUUUUUGCUAUGGGUUGGACCUCGGGGGCAAUGAUUUGCGGGAUCAACUAGACGUGCUGGCAGACGCGUUGCCCGAAGAUUCGUCUCUGUCUGUGCUGAGCUUGGCAGAGUGCAAUCUUUCACCGCAAUCCCUUUGCAAGCUCUUCUCUAAACUCGUCAAGCUCCAGGAAUUCCGCUUCAUCGACCUUUCUCACAACCAGGACCUUUGCCGGUCAGAGCCCAGCUGCAUUUCUCUGCUCCGAAGAUACUUGCCCAAGAUGACUGGUAUGAAGAGGAUUCACCUUGCCGAUGUUUCGAUGAAUUCAGAACAAGCGAUCGCCCUGGCAGAAAUACUACCCGAGGUACCUGGACUAGCUCAUAUCAAUCUACUCGAGAAUCCGGAGCUCUCCAAGCUGGCAGACGCCAAGACCGAAGAAAGCCAAGAAGAAGCUUGCGCGUUCUAUGCUUCCAUGUUGGCCGCGACUAGAGUCAGUUCGAGCAUUGUAGCAGUCGACAUGGACGUCCCAACGGAGAAUUCUGGAGAGAUAGUCAAGGCUAUGGCCAAACAAGUCGUGGCGUACUGCUUGCGCAACAUGGAAAACCUACCCCUCAACGGUACAAACGGUGUCGACACAGCCUCGAGACUAGAUCUGGAGUACCCUGACGUACUUCAGCAUCUGGUCGGCCAUCCUGAAUUCGGACCAGACGCGAUCGACGAUGACAACGAGGCGGCACCUGAUGACGACUAUGUCAUUGGCGGUACAGGAGUGGUGAAGGCGCUUGCAUGCUGUCUCAAGAAUCGCGGCGACGACUCUCGACGGCCAUCGGGCGAGUUUACCCGUAACGGUGACACACCGCUGUUUACAGAAUCGACGGCGACAAGCCCAUUAUUACGGCCAACCUCGAAGAAGCUGCCUCGUGUCAAAAAGGCCAAGGACAUGUCGAAGCAUCUUCUCGCAAGCGCGAGAAAGAUUCGACAACGGCUGCAGCCUGCCAUGGCCAGGGCAAAGCUCACCUCGACCCACAGCGCGCAAGAUGCACACGCCUACCAGCGCCUCUUAUUCUUGGACAGAACUCUGGACGGCAUCAUCAAGCGUUUCGAAGACGAGUUUCCCGAAACCAGGGAGCCUGCGCCGGAAGAUGAGGCAGAGACGGAAAGCCUGGAGACGGACCCCGAUGCUGCUGUGCCCUCUAUGGCGCUGUCAGGAUCGUUCGGAUCUGAGGCAGACCGCGCCACAAGCGCAAUCAUAUCAGAUGGCGAGGACGAAGAUGAAGGCAUCGUAGUGCAUCGGCCGACUACCAUGUCGCGGAGCAGCUCAAUGCUGUCCAUCACCUCCAAGGGACUCACCGAGGAGGAGGGACGGGCCCUGCGAGCGGGCCACAAGUUCCGCAGCAGUUUCACCCGGCAGCAAUUCGAUUUGGUAUCGUGUGCAGUCGAGGAGAUUGAAAAAGACCCCAACCACGCACGCAUGCUGCUCGGGCUUAUCGAAGAUCUGGGCAACGAGGAGCUCGAUCGGAAAGUUGCGGCCCAGGGAGUUGUUGCGGUGUUCAAGCAGGAUAAGGAGUUGAUCCAGGAGCUAAUGAGGGCACAGGAUCCGGAACACUGGGAGAGGUUUGUGGAGUCUCAGCACAUGGCCAGAGCAAACGUGAAGGUGGAAGAAAAGGGCUUGAUCGGAGCAGGUGACGAGGUGGCUAUAGUUGACUAA